GGUUUGUAAACCUUGUUGCUAAGCAACACCAAAAAAGUUGGAUAGAAAACCCCUGGCAGCGUCUAAACUAUUUCCUAGCACGAGCCAAAUAAAUACAUAAAUAAACAAAUAAGCGUUUUGCGUGGGCGUUUUAUGCUCUCGUAGGAGAUAUCGACUGUUUUUUUUUAACGUGUUUAAUUAAAAUAACCGUGUGUAAAAUGUCGGUAGCUUCUGCGUCUGUUGAGUAUGCACGAGGAAACGGGUCAAGUAGAAAAGUUAACUCAGUAGAGGUGAACAAUAAACCAAAUUUACCUGUAGACCUGCGCAAAGUGACCGUGUUGCCCACAUCAGAAUGGAGGCGCAUUCAGGACAGUGUGAAUCAUGUGAACAAACAGCAGGAGCGUCUCAUUGCAGUUGCGAGAGAUCGUGAGGUCAUCCACCUACGCUCCAAGGAAGUUGUCAAAAACUGGUCUAACACCAUUGCUGGACAACGGCAAAAGAAGUUGGAGGCGAAGAAAAUUAGAGAGGAAAUUGAGGAGGAGGAAAGGAAGCAGAUUGACCUGGAGGAAGCAAAGUUUCAAGAGAUGAAAAGAAAAGAAGCAAUCGAGAGGGCAAAAACCCUGCAGUACUACCAGAUCGACCGAGUGAAAGGAUUUCAUAGUGCCCUGUUGAUGACUGAAGUCCUGAAGGAGAGGGAGGCCCAGAUUGAGCUGAAGAAAAGAAAAGAAAUUGCCUCUAAAAAUGUAGAUAAAGAGAUCUUGGCCAUGAUUGCAUACAAAGAUACACUGGCUUUACACCAGGAGCAUCAGAAAGCUGUGGAGAGGAAGCAGAAGAGUCUGGUGGUUGCUGAGAGUUUGAAACAACAAAUUAAGGAGCAUGAGCAGGCAAGAGAGGAGGAGGUGAUGAAAAAGAAGAAAGAGUCAGAGGAACUCAAGCAGUUCCAAGAGCUCUAUAAAAAGGAACAAAACACACGUGAGCAAAAGAAGCAAGAGGAGAAGAGAGACAUCAUGGAGACUUAUCAAAAACAUCUUUCCAACAAAAAAAUCAGCCAAGUGGCUGAGGCUGAGAAACAAGAUUUGGAAGAAGAGAGACGAAAGCUUUUUGUGAAAGCUAAAGAAAAAAUGUUGAAACUCAGGAAACAAAGAGAGGCAGAGAUGUUCAGAGAGGUUCAGAGACACAGGGAAGCCCUUGUUGACAAACUGGCAGCAUAUCACCAAGAGCAAACCACCAACGAAGAAGAGCUGAUCUCCAAGGCAGCUGCAGAAGCUGAGGCCAAGCAGGAUAAACAACAACGUGAGAAGGAAGAGAAGAAGGCAGCCAUGUUGAGGAGUAUUAAUGAACACCGAGAAGCAGUGCAAAAAGAGCUGAAGUACAAAAAGCAAGAGGAGAAACAGAAAGCUAUUGAGAUGCUUAAUGCCAAGAAAGCAUCAGAUCUCAUUUUCCUUCAAAAGCAGCAUAUCAAGGUCCAGAAAAUGAAAGAGGCAGCCAUAUUCCUACAGGACACUCAUGUCCAUCAGAUGGCUGAGAAGUACACACAGGAGCAGAUAAUGAAAAAACAAGAUCAGGAAUUUGAGGUGAGGAAGGCAGAGCUUAUUGCAGAGGAGGAGAAUGAGUUUCAGAAGUAUGCCAAGGGUGUGAUUGAGAAAGCUAGCGAGGCUCAGAGAAACACCACCCUCCUGCAAAAGGCCUCGAAGAAGGGCAUUGGUGGAGGACUUGGACCUGCGUUUGGAGGUGUUAGACCGAGUUACCUAGUUCAGGAUCAAUCAGGGGUUCAGCUGCCCAGUUAUGUACGCAGUACUACUCAGGGCAUAAAGGAACUGAAUGAGACUACUGACAUUCAGGAGUCUAAUAAACGGUUGGGAUUUACUUGGGUAUUUUGAGCAGUAUUGCUGAUUUUGUCACAGAAAAUAAACAGAGCUUCCU